AUGGUGAAAACGUUCUUCGGAAACCCUAGUGGAAAACGGAAUAAACUUCCGGUUCAGAGGGCACCACCUCUUUAUGCCGAGCCGACAAUUCCUAAUUCGACAGAGAUUGAAAGGCCUGUUGUUGUUGAAGAAAGAGUAACUAAUAUUGUUGAAGAAGAAGAAGAGAUUCAUAACGAAGAGGUGAUUGCAGAGUCGGAUUCUUCAUCUGUUGAGGGAGAUGAUUGUGAGGUUAUAGUUGAAGACAGGACUGGAUAUAAGGAGAAUGAGUUAUUCGAAGUAGAGGUUGGAGAGACUGACUUGUCUUCUCACUUUGAAGCUGCUGCACAAGAAGAUGGAGAUGAUUUGUAUGAUGCUAACGAUGACAGUGGCGAUGAUAUUUGGGACGAUGAUCACAUUCCAGAUCUUUUAUUCAGUGAUGAUCGUGAUGUGGAAGAAGAUGGUAGGCAAUUCAACUACGGGCCUGAUGACAUUCUUGCGCUAGGAAAGACUUUUAACACUGCUGAGGAGUUCAAGUAUGUUGUUCUCAAGUACUCUUUGAACACACAAUAUGAUAUUAAGUUCUACAAGUCUUCAUCUGAUCGGCUUGGUGCCCACUGUACACAACAUGUAGAAGAAAAGUGUCCUUGGAGGGUCUAUUGUUCCUUUGAGAGAGGCAGAAACAAGUUAAUGGUGAAAGUGUACAAUGACAGUCAUAUUUGUGUCAGAUCCGGUUACACAAAGCUUUUGAAGAGUGGAACAAUUGGGCAGCUUUUUGAGGAGAGGCUUAGAAUUAAUCCUAAAAUUAAGUCACAGGAGAUGGUGGAUGAGAUAAAGAGGGAGUACAAUAUGAUUGUCUCACCCGAACAAUGUCGAAGAGCUAAAUCAGUGCUUUCAGCGAGAAGAAAGGCUGGACAUGAAGCUCACUUUGCUCGGCUUUGGGAUUACCAAGAAGAGGUUCUUAAAUCAAAUGUGGGAUCAACAAUGGAGGUUGAGACAAUCCCAGGACCAGUGCCAGGAAGCAUGCAAAGAUUUUACCGUCUUUAUGUUUGCUUUGAAGCCUUGAAAACUUCUUGGAGGCAGUCAUGUAGGCCGAUCAUUGGAUUAGAUGCUGCUUUUAUGAAAUUGGAUUUAAAAGGGCAAAUGCUAGCUGCAGUUGGCAGAGAUGGGGAUAAUAGAAUAUUUCCUAUUGCCUGGGCUGUGGUUGAGGUGGAGGACAAUCCUAAUUGGCUAUGGUUUGUGCAACUCUUGAAAAAUGAUUUGGAGCUUGAAAAUGGAUCAAACUGUCCAAUAAUCUCAGACAAACAGAGGGGUAUACUAAAUGCGGUUCAUGAAGAGCUUCCUACAGCUGAGCAUAGGAUGUGUGCUCGACACGUUCUUGAGAAUUGGAAGAAGGCAAACAAAGACAUAGAGCUUGAGCGUCUUUUCUGGAAAAUAGCAAGGAGCUACACACCAGCAGCUUUUAGGGAUAACUUAGAUGCACUGAAGAAGUAUAAUGUUGGAGCUUAUGAGUCUCUGCAAAGUACUGCUCCAACAACAUGGUCUCGGGCGUUCUUUAAGCUUGGAUCGUUUUGCAGUGACAAUCUAAACAACUUGUCUGAGUCCUUCAAUAGGAGUGUUAGAGAGUCAAGGAGGAAGCCGCUUCUUGAUAUGCUGACAGAGGUUAGGAGAAAGAAUAUGGUCAGGAAUGCAAAGCGGACUUUAUUAACUAAUAGGUGGAAUAAGAGGUUCACACCAAGAGCAGACAAGGAGAUUGAACUUAAUAGGCAGAAAGCUAAGGAUUGCAUCAGGUAUAUGACCACAGGACAUUCACAUGAAAUAGAGUAUCACAGUGAUGCUUACACCGUAAAUAUGGAGGAGAAAACAUGCGGUUGUGGCUAUUGGCAGUUGAAUGGACUACCUUGUAUGCAUGCUAUGUGUGUCAUCACAACAACAAAGCUGAAUCUCAAUAAUUAUGUAUCAGGUUACUACCUCACCUCUACAUGGCGGCAACUAUAUUCUACUGGUAUGAAGCCGGUUCAAGGUAUGAAACUGUGGCCACGCUUUGGUCGGUUACCCAUGCUACCUCCUCCUUCAAGAUUCAAUCGAGGAAGGCCUAAUACACAUGCUAGGAGGAAAGGUCCUCAUGAGUCAGCCACUAAUCCACAUAAGCUUACACGGCAUGGUCGUGUGGGAACAUGCUCAAACUGUCGCAAAGAAGGUCACAACAAGACUAGGUGUCCUAAUCCCACUGCAGCUCCUCCACCUAAGCGUCCAAGAGGUCGUCCAAGGAAAGCACAGGGAGAGUCUUCGUCAUUUGGAGCUUCUCAAACUUCUCAACCUUCUCAAGCAUCACAAGGAGGAUUUGGCUUCUCUUCCUAG